CAACGGCGGGACACUAGGCUACUCUCCGGAGAAGCAGCAGACCGGGACGGGAGAUCUGGCACGGAGCGGGCACAACUCUCCGUGUUGCAAAGCAACCGGGGCUCAAACCGGGGCUAAAUCCUACCACAUGCCUGUCAAGGACAGUGGUGCCGCCGGUCUGAUCGUGUUCCACACGUCUGCUCCCAGAGGUCUCCUCACAUCUACGGUACCCAGCGGAGUAUGGAGAAGUGUCAGGAAGACCGGCCGAAGAGGAAGAGGAGGAGAGAAGAGGAGGAGUGAGGUGUGGCUUCCUGGACCUCCCAGAGGGCCGUGGGUGGACUGGCUCUCUCACACCUCCUUCAGGAGGCUGCAGGUCAAGUUAGAAUCUGAGAACCAAGAAGCUAGAGCCAUCACCCAGCCCCUACUGGACACUGAGAAUGGCUUUGUCAAGGACCUGGAGCGUUAUCUGUGCCAACAGGAAAGGGCGGAGCUUCGUAAGCGAGAGCUGCUCCAUAAGCGCUGGACGGAGCGUGUGUGGACCCCUAUUCAGAGGAACGUGGAGAACCAAGUGCCCCAUUGCUGCUACGACGAGGCAGAGAGGAUACGCAGCAUUUUCCUGAACUACAUUCACUACUGUAACUCAAAGGUUGCCACACCUGCGUCGAGGGACCCACUGUUCCUUCAAUCACGUGACGGGACAAAGGAAAAGAGGGCGGUCCUACGCUGUCAGACAGGGCCGCCCAGAUUAUAGCCACGGUCACACCUGACGGAAGAUGUCUACAGACAGCUUGCUGGUCCUACAGGGCAUAACAACACCUGACGGGAGAUGUCUACAGACACCUGGCUAGUCCUUCAGAGGAUAACGACCAUUAAACAGGGCUUGAGAGCGCAGCGUUCUGUAGUGUGGCGUCACUGUUGGGAAAUAUAAACAGCAGCAUACACUAGAUGCAGGUAUUCAAUCAGCUCUUCGUCGACAAGGGUAAUUCAUGCUUGUGCAGACAUUGUUUACUGAAAACCAUGUAUUUGAUACCAUUCCUCCCAAUUAAAGGUGACACCAAUCUCCUGUGCUGUACCCAACACUUACAAUUAUCUGUCAGGUCCCUCAGUUGAUCAGUGAAUUUCAAACACACAUUCAAGUUUUCAAUGCCUCGCAAAGAAGGGCAACUAUUGGUAGAUGAGUACACGUUUUUUUAAAGCAGACACUGAAUGUAAUAUCCCUUUAAGCAUGGUGUAGUUAUUAGUAAUUACACUUUGGAUGAUGUGUCAAUACACCCAGUCAAUACAAAGAUACAGGCGUCCUUCCUAACUCAGUUGCCGGAGAGGAAGGAAACCGCUCAGGGAUUUCACCAUGAGGUCAAUGGUGACUUUAAAACAGUUACAGAGUUUAAUGGCUGUGAUCAGAGAAAACUGAGGAGGGAUCAACAACAUUGUAGUUACUCCACAAUACUAAACUAAUUGACAGAAUGAAAAGAAGAAAGCUUGUACAGAAUAAAAAUAUUCCAAAACAUGCAUCCUGUUUACAAAAAGGCACUAAAGUAAUUCUGCCAAAAAAAAUGUGGCAAACCAGUUCACUUUUUCUCCUGAAUCAAAGUGUUCUGUUUGGGGCAAAUCCAAUACAACACAUUACUGAAUACAACUCUCCAUGUUUUC